AUGCAUAUGAAGAGUCGCAAAGUUUGUAUCUACUGGAAGCAGGGGAGGUGUAAUAGAAACCCUUGUAGGUUCGUGCACGGAGAUCUGGCUACUGCGGAUCUGCGUGCUUCUUAUGUGUACCGCGCGCCUCGAACACAAUCCCAAGCUUUACCCGGUGGCCUGAGAAGGAAGACCCUCUCACCUCCAGAAGAAGAUAGAGCUGUCAAAAGAUCCAAAUCCACUCAGGUAACAUCUGCUGCUGUCUCACAGAAGAGCCGAAAUAACUGCCAAAAAAUUGAGAGUGCUCAGAAACCAGAAGCUUCUCUGCUAGUCACCACCACUACUGUUGAAAGAAGUGAAGACAAGGCUUGUUGCCAAGAAUGGAUGUCUGGAAGUUGUGGGAGAGGGGAUAGCUGUCAAUUCCUACAUUCUUGGUCCCGUGGUGAUGGAUUUUCGUUGUUAGCAAGACUAGAAGGGCAUGUUGGGAAGCCUGUUUCAGGUAUCGGGCUUCCUUCGGGGUCUGAUAAGCUCUACACAGCUAGCAGUGAUGGGAAGGUAUGUGCUUGGGAUUGCCAUAGUGGUCUGAUUUCUGGAGCUGUGAAUGUUAGUGAUCAGAUUGGGUGUCUGAUAAGCGAUGAGGAAUGGGUCUUUGUUGGUUUCCCUAAUGGUGUCAAAGCAUGGAACUUUAAGUCAGAGGUUUACUACGACCUCACUGGUCCAAGUGGUCAAGUGAACGCCUUGGAAGUUGGGUUGGAUGCCUUAUAUGCAGGAGCUGAAGAUGGUGGAAUUUCGGUUUGGAAAGGCUUCACUGACCAUCAGCUAGCUAAUCGAUUCCAGCAUGCUAUUCCCCUGAGAGGCCAUGCCAGUGCUGUUACUUGCCUGAGAGCUAGCAUAAAUGGAGAAUUGCAUAGAUUGUACUCUGGUUCCACGGAUGGGAUGAUCAAGGAGUGGGAUUUGAACACUGGUGAGUGCAUUCAGACACUGAAGGCACACGAUGACGAUGUAACGUCUGUGAUCUGUUGGGAUCAGUACUUAGUGUCUUGCUCACUGGAUAAGAAGGUGAAGUUCUGGGGUCGAACUGAAGAAGGCGGUGACGAGAUAAUCCUCCUGUACACACAUGAAGAGGAACAUGCUGCACUUGCUCUUGGUGGCGUGAAUGAUUCAGAUGGAAAACCAAUCCUGUUUUGCUCAUGGAAUGACAAUUCUGUGGGUUUGUACGAACUCCCAUCGUUGAAAGAGAGAGGGAGGAUAUAUGCUGAGAAAGAAGUGAGAGCAAUCCGGGCAGGUCAGGAGGGAUUGUUCUUCACAGGGGAUGCAAGUGGCGUGGUUAGUGUGUGGAAAUUGGCAGAGAAGCUUGUAGCUAGCUAG